AUCAAAUUUUUGAUACCAAAAAAAAGCCAAACUGAAUACUCGCCAUUUUAUUAUAUUAUCAUUUUUUUAAAGAAAUUUUUUUCUGUUUUUUUUUUAAAAUGGAUUUACAAGGAAAAGAAAUACGACGUGCUACACGUGCUGUUAAAUGUGUUGUUGUUGGUGAUGGUACAGUUGGAAAAACCUGUAUGCUUAUUUCAUUUACGACAGAUUCAUUUCCCGGAGAAUAUGUUCCCACUGUAUUCGAUAAUUAUUCAUCAUUAAUUACAUGUAAUGGUGAAACAGUUUCAUUAGGUUUAUGGGAUACAGCCGGACAAGAAGAUUAUGAUCGUUUACGACCAUUAUCAUAUCCACAGACUGAUAUAUUUUUAGUUUGUUUUUCGGUUGUUUCGCCACCUUCGUUAGAAAAUGUUGCUGUAAAAUGGGUACCAGAAAUACGACACCAUUGUAAUGAUGUUCCUAUAAUACUAGUCGGUACAAAAAUUGAUCUUCGUGAUGAUCGUGAAACAUUAUCACAAUUAGCACAAUAUGGUCAAUGUCCAAUACGUCGUGAACAAGGACAAAAAAUGGCAUCCAAAAUUAAAGCAAUUAAAUAUUUAGAAUGUUCAGCAUUAACACAACGUGGCCUAAAACAAAUAUUUGAAGAAGCUGUACGUUGUAUAGUGAUACCAAAUGAAAAACAAAAUUUUAAAAAAUCAAAUCGAAAUAAUUGUUUAGUUAUGUAACAAAAAACAAAAACAAACAAAAAAAUUGAACAUCUCUUAUCAUUGUCCUCAUUUAAAACAAUCAAUCAAUCAAUCAAUCAUUAUUUGAAUAAAAAAAACAAUUUAUUAAAUAA